CAAUGGGCCGCCGCCGCCAAGAUGCUGCCUGACACAACCAGCUGACUCGGUAUUGUUCUGCCGUGCGUAUCAGCGCUCACGGAGCGUCAUCAUCUUAUUCGCUGGAUGGACGUCGGCCCUUCUGCCCAACGUCGUGGAGCGCGGGAGAGACGUUUGAGAGAAAGGUCUGGCUCCACUACACCAGCUGAGAAGCAAACAUGUGGGAGGAGAAUUUGGACAAGGAGCAGUGGACCAGUGACGUGGGCCAGAACCUGGACUACUCGCCCGUGUCAUGGGUGGAGUAUUUUGAGCAGAUGGAGGACGUGAGUGUGGUCCAGGCUGACGGCCGAGACAUCUUCAGGGUGUACAAAGCUGGACAUGAGGGCCCCCUGUUGGUUCUUCUGCAUGGAGGAGGACACUCGGCCCUGUCCUGGGCAGUUUUUACGACUGCCAUUGCUGCCAGAGUGAGCUGCCAGGUGCUCGCCAUGGACCUCAGGGGGCACGGUGACACACUUGUCCGCCAGUCGGACGACUUCUCCACUCAAACUAUGUCCAGCGACGUCGCCAACGUGGUCCGGGCCUGCCACGGGGAGAUUCCUCCUCCCGUCAUCCUGGUUGGCCACGGCGUUGGCGGCGCCAUCGCCGUGCACGUGGUCAGCAAUGAGCUGAUGCCCACCGCUGUUGGACUCGUGACAAUCGACGUGGUGGAGGGAAGUGCAAUGGAGGCGCUCCACAGCAUACAGAACUUCCUGAAGGGGAGACCCAAGUCCUUCAAGUCUUUGGACCACGCCAUCGAGUGGAGCGUCAAGAGCGGACAAAUCCGAAACUUGGAAUCUGCCAGAGUGUCGAUGGUUGGUCAGAUCAAAAGGUGUGAGGCGGAGGAGGCCGACACCCUGGAAGGGGCCGGCCCAACGAGGGAAGACGCGGUGGAGGACCGGAAUGAGGAAUUCUAUGACCGAAGCUACGUCGACGAUGUGAAGAACACCGCCACGGAGGCCGGCGGUGGACAAGGCCAGAGCAUCUACAAAUGGCGUAUAGACCUGUCCAAGUCGGAAAAGUACUGGGACGGCUGGUUUCGGGGGACCUCCAACCUUUUUCUGGCCUGCAACCUGCCCAAACUUCUUCUGUUAGCAGGAAUAGACCGCUUAGACCGGGACCUGACCAUCGGCCAGAUGCAAGGUAAAUUCAUGAUGCAGGUGCUGCCGCCCUGUGGUCAUGCAGUGCAAGAAGACCAACCAGACAAAGUUUCUGAUGCCGUGGCCGCAUUUCUGCUGCGAUACAAGUUUGCCGAAGCCAAAAGAGCAAGAACAAGUCCAACUGCUUCUUUGGCCACUGGUAAGUCAACUUUCUGACUUUGUCAUGAGUGAAGGAUGUAGAGAAAGGAGCAGCUAGAGGUCAAAGGUCAAACACUCUGUAUCCUCAUUGUCUUUCAGAAUAGCACAAAGAUGAUGGACGGAUCUGCACACAUGAAACAACACAAACCUCCAUCUUCAUCACUGAUGUGAAGCUGCUAAACAACUCCAAACAUUAAAAUGAACUCAAAUUUGAAAAAAA